UUACUACUUUCAUUCUACUCACUGCUAGACGUAAGAAAAUAAUGUUUUUGUGAGGUACACUGGAUGGUAGUGGCCUAUUUUUUUAAUAAAUUACUACUACCUCAGAUUUUUACGCUAACGUGGUGAAAUUAUUAAAAAAACUAAUACGUAAACGCGUAGUGCUUUUAUAAUUCGACUCUUGUGUUUGUUAUUUUUGACCAGGACGGGUCAAAGUGAUGUUACACCUUUAAAAAAUAUGUUUUUGAAGGAAUACACCUGGAGAGUGCUAUAAUAUGCAAAUCAAAACAUACUUUAGGUAGAACGUAGUGCUAAACCAUUCAAUAUAUUAAAAUUUUUAGUGGAAUUGGUAGAGAAACUGCAGUGUAUCAAAAAUUUAGGAUUAUUUUGGAGAAAGCUGUCAUGGAACUAAAGAGCUCGACCUUUAAAGUUCAUACUUCUACAGUAGUCAUUAUGAUGUAAAGCCCAUCUCACUACAAAGUAAUGAGUAGCCAAAAUUCUUCCUAUACUCAGAGAUACCAACCGUACAUUUUCGACCAGUACCGACAGCCCGAUGGUCAAUGGGAUACCUCAUCGACUACCAACAGCCCCCCUACUGUCCCUGCCAGGGGUAUAAAACGAAGUACCCCCAGUGAAGUUACCCGUCCAUAUGAGGAGUCAUCUUGGAUGGCUCCUCAAGAUUCGCCACACCAAAUGGAUAAUAAUGUGUUACACGAUAGCAAUUUAAUGUUAAGGACUCAGAACAAUAUGAACGUUAGCCCGUCUGACGGUGCGAACAUCAAAAACCAGAUUAUCACUACAGAGCAUGAUGUCAACGUCAAUCGUGUACACAGUCCUCUAAGAGGCAACAACACCAAAUAUUUACAAAAUCCGUGGUUUCAUGGAAAAAUCUCACGAGAAGAAGCCGAAGCUUUACUCAGACCCAGAACUGAUGGCCUAUUUUUAGUAAGAGAAUCCACCAAUUUCCCUGGUGAUUAUACACUGUGUGUAUGUUUUCAAUCUAAAGUUGAACACUAUAGAGUUAAGUCCCAUGGCAAUAAACUGACAAUAGACGACGAGGAAUAUUUUGAUAAUUUAGAGGAACUGAUAGAGCACUAUAAAAACGAUGCAGACGGGCUCUGCACAAAAUUAGUAAAUGCUCUUCCAAAACUGAAUGAUACCUCAAAAGCCUUAGUCAAAAGCAGCUCAAAAGAAAGUGAUGAUCUUUGUGUUAUACCAGAACAUGAUUUGGUUGUAUGUGAACCCAUAGGUAAAGGAGAAUUUUGUGAAGUGAUGCUAGGAAAAUGGAAAAAUCAAAAAGUAGCUGUGAAAGUUUUAAAGGACUCCAGUGAGGCCGAAGCAAUUUUAAUGAAAUCUCUACACCAUGAAAAUUUGGUAAACCUCUUAGGAAUUGUAAGGAAAAAAGAUCAAAUCUACCUCGUAACAGAAUACAUGAGUAAGGGAAGUUUGGUGGACUAUCUUAGGUCCCGAGGAAGACACCAUGUCUCGAAAAAGGAUCAAAUUAAUUUCGCAUUUGAUACCUGCUCGGGUAUGGAAUAUUUAGAAAAAAUGCAUGUUGUACAUCGGGAUUUAGCAGCAAGGAAUGUGCUGAUAGCUGAAAAUGGACGAGCGAAAGUUUCCGACUUCGGGUUGGCCAGAAAUGAGAAAAAUGCAACUUCUGAAUCGGCAAAGUUGCCCAUUAAAUGGACUGCACCUGAAGCUCUCAAGCACAAUAAAUUUUCAAAUAAAUCGGAUAUGUGGAGUUUUGGCAUUUUGCUUUGGGAAAUAUAUUCUUUUGGUCGAGUUCCUUACCCUAGAAUACCUUUACUUGACGUAGUUAGACAUGUUGAAAAUGGCUACAAAAUGGAAGCUCCAGAAGGAUGCCCGCAAGAGAUUUAUAUGAUUAUGAAACAGGCAUGGGAGUUUUAUCCAGAAAAAAGACCAAACUUCCACGAAGUUAAAAUAAAGUUGGCCCAACUUAAACAGCAAACGUGAGACUUAGCUUUAGCAACCAAACGAACACUACGUCGAAUCUUGUAUGAAUGUGUGAAGAAUGAAAUGCACUGUGUGAUAUAAAUAUAUAUAUUUUAUGUAAGUUCACGCGACUCAUCUGACUUCUAAUCAUUAAUACAAUCAUAAAAAUUGAUUUAAAGCAUGUACCAUGAUAAAUGUCAUGUAUGUGGUGUGGUUAAUGAUAAAUUAUAUAACCGUAGACUUUUUGGAACCAGAGGUAAUUUUUUAAAUAUGUAUGUUUUGAUUUUAACAAGAAACUCGGUAAUUGGAUAGUAUGCUGUAUUUUUAGCUUUAAAGAUGGGUUAUAUAUAUUUUACCUUUUUCUCAUUGGGUUAUUUUGUAUAGAAGUGAGCUUUAAUAUAGAUUAAGUAUAUAUUCCAAAUAUAAUGGAGGUUGCAAAUAUUUAUUUCCAGUAGAAUGCUGCUAUAUCCAAGAUUCAAGUUUCUUAAAGAGUUUUAUUUAUUUUCCUUUUUUAAAAAAUAUUUUUAGUGUUUAUGUUGUACUUAAAUGUUUAGGCACGGAUGUAAAUUAACUGCGCUAGAUAAAAGUCUUAGGAAAUAUAUGCUUUGUAAAAUUUUUAUUGUUUCGUCGUUUAUUUAAUAACAUGUAUAUUUUUCUAUUUGUAUCUUUAAAUUCUAACUGAAUUUAUAAUAAAUUCUUUUUUUU